CAGUUAAGUGACGUAACUUCCGUGUUGUUAGCGUUAGUUUGCCUGAUGCUAACUCGUCUUUUAAACUGUCGAGUUGUGUAUUCAAAAUCUGAACAAUGGUGCGCGAUCAAACGUUGGUAGUAUGUUUUAAUUGUGUUUGUUCGUGGCGGUUUUAAAAAGUGAAGGUUUAUAAUGGAAAUUGCCCAUAUUGAGGUGAAUGUGUUACUUUGAAUUGUACUAAGUAUUUAAAACGUUCAGUUUUGUUUUCAUGAGUGUACGUUUGCGUCGGAUGGGGUGCGAUCAUUGUCGUUCAAACUGAGACAUUUGAUUAUCGCUUUUUAACGUAUUUGCCAAAACGACUUAGGCAUAUUGUUGCUUUAAAUCAGUGUAUGAAAGGUUGCCGAUAAAGUUGCACUGUGUUUGUGGUUUUUAAAACGUAUUGACAAGGCUGGAAAAAGUUGUUAAAUGUAAAGGUUUUAAUGGGUUUCUGUGUCUAUUGGAGGAAGUCUCUUUUUGUGGGCAUUUUAAGGGGGUGUAAAUUAGAUUACAUUAGAUCGAGCGUUAUUGAUCCCUUGGGUGUGUGCCCUCGGGGAAAUUAAGGUUCCAAUAAAUGGGGAAGAGGAAAGAAAUGGUUCAUUCCAGAUUUGUCGGUGAUGGCAGCGUGGGAGCUCACUCGGUGCACAAGCACAAACACAAAAAACACAAGAAGCACAAGAGGAAGCAUCCGGAGCCCGCGUUGGUUCCUCGUCCACCACCGCAGCUGCGACUCAAGAUCAAGCUGGGAGGACAGACGCUGGGAACCAAGAGUGUCCCCACCUUCACAGUGCAUCCCGGUGUAGCUUGUCCUCCCUCGCCUCUGACCAUUGUGGACAAUGAUAAUGAAGAUGACGACGACGAGCCCUCCGUGCCUCUGGAGCAGUAUCGGGCCUGGCUGGAUGAAGACAGCAACAUGGCUGCCUCUCCUCUGCCAGACAUGGACUCAGACACGGUGCUGGGAGGUCCCGUGGACGACGAGGAGAGAUGGCUUGACGCUCUGGAGAAGGGUGAGCUUGACGACAACGGCGAACUGAAGAAGGAGGUGGAUGAGUCUCUGCUCACCACCCGACAGAAAGCGCUACUUCACAAGCAGCAGAUCCAGCCCCUCCUGGAGCUACCCAUGGGCUACAAGGAGAAGGAGCUGACCGCUGAGAUGAUGCAGAAGCGGGAGGAGCGCGCUCGGAAGAGACGCUUGCAGGCGGCCAAGAAGGCAGAAGAGAACAAGAAUCAGACAAUCGAGAGGCUGACCAAGACCAGCAAGGCCAAGAUCAAAAGCAUGAGAGACAAAAAGUCCAAGCAGAGUCAGUGUCCCAUUGUCCGCUACAGCAACUCCGCCCAAGGGGUCACCAUCUCCUUCCCGUUGGGCGUCCCCACUCUGGACGCCGCAACGCCCCUUCCGCCUUCUCCAGCCCCUGUGAUCUGCGGGGUCAGUGGCUGCUGUGAGCUGAAAAAGUACAGUUGCUCCACAACCGGCGUCCCUCUGUGCAGUCUCCAAUGUUACAAGAAGAACAUGCAGCAUCACCUACAAACUCUGUGUGCACAUGCAGCCAUGUCAUAGGAACCAUUAACCACCAUUAAUACUCAUGACUGUAACAAGGACAUGUUUAUUAAUAAAAGAAAUGUCACAUGCUCUUGUUGUCUUGUGCAGGGGUGAUUGCAUCACGUGAACAAACCGAAGGACAGUCUGAAAGCCAUCUCCACAGGAACCUCUGGGACAGAGUCGUGGAAACAUACGUAGAACUCCUGAGGCACAGGCUCUAGCAACAACCGCCUUAAAAGACAGAGUCAAAAGGGUCAAAGGUCCAAAAGAAAGUUGUGG